AUGGAUCUGUGCCCCAAGAAACCGUUUCCACAAGACCCUAAAAAGGACUAUGUUGCAAUACCAACGGAUAGAUCUAGAUACUACACUGCAAGGAACGCCGCUACAGACCUGCCUACAAACCACAUACCUUACCAUCAACACCAAGACAGACACGGGAGACCUUUUGGAGAAAGACUUUCUACAAAACGAGCUGAGACUGUAAGAUCCACAGAACCUGAACAUCAAAAGUCCCAAAGCCUGGAGAUACUAUCAACGAGACAGCAACAAAACCCCAAUCUAUCACCAUCCCACAGAAACCGCCAAGAUACAGCUUCUCAACAAUACCAGCUACCGAGAGGCUCUAACCGCUACGAACAAGACCUAAGGCAAGCAGAACCAAGGAGAGGAAACCUCCGGAAAUCACCAACGGGCCAAAUCUGGAGAGAGAAACCACCAAGUCUGGUAAACCAGACUAGACUGACGAGAUCCCCACUCGCCCACCUCUUCCUCUGCUGGUAG